UUUAUUUUGCUCCUCAUUCCCACCUUCCCUUCCUUUCUCUUUCUCUUUCUUUUUAUCUCUCUCUCUCUCUCUCUUUGAUGUGAUUCUCCACUAUUAUCUCCAAAAACUUAUCAACCUUUUACAAAAGAGAGAAAGAGCAAGAGCCAUGGUUUUUUCAUCACUCCCAGCUUAUCUUGAUCCAACCAACUGGCAACAGCAACAAAAUCAUCCAACUGGGACUAGUAGCGCAGCAAGUUCCCAUCUUCUUCCACCUCCACCACCACCGCCGCCACCCCCACAACCCCAUAUGGGUGGCGGCGGCGCGGGCUCGAUCAGGCCUGGAUCCAUGGCCGAUCGAGCCCGGAUGGCCAACAUACCGAUGCCAGAGACUGCAUUAAAAUGCCCAAGAUGUGACUCCUCAAACACUAAAUUUUGCUAUUUCAACAACUACAGCCUCACUCAGCCUCGUCACUUCUGCAAGACUUGCAGAAGGUAUUGGACAAGAGGGGGUGCUCUCAGAAAUGUCCCAGUAGGAGGAGGCUGCAGAAGGAAUAAAAGAAGCAAAGGGAGUAGUAGUUCAAAGUCCCCAGCAAGCAGUGCUGAUCGCCAAUCAGCUAGUGCUGGUUCAGCUAGCUCAAUUCCUUCUCAUAGUGGAGCUGGAGAUAUGAUGGGCUUGUCCUCACAAGUCCCACAGCUGAGGUUCAUGGCUCCUUUGCAUCAAUAUACUGACUUUCCUUCGAGUGAGAUUGGCUUGAACUAUGGCUUGAAUUAUGGUCAUCCCAUGUCAACACCAAUGGGACUAGCUGGGGACUUGAAUUUUCACUUAGGAAAUGCUUUAGGAGGAAGUGGUGGUGGUGGUGGUAGUAGUCAUGGGUCUUUGUUAUCAGCUGGGGGAGUAGAGCAGUGGCGAUUGCAGCAAACACAGCAAUUCCCCUUCUUGGGUGGCUUAGAUCCUUCACCGGGGUUUUACGAAAGUGGUGUUGAUGCUGCAUCGGGUUAUGUAGGAGCAAGUCAAGGCCGGGCCAAGCAGUCCAAUUCAGUGGCGGCUCAGAUGGCUUCAGUGAAAAUGGAAGAUAAUCAGGAGCUGAAUUUGUCAAGGCAGUUCUUGGGAAUCCCAGCUGGGAACGAGCAGUAUUGGACUGGUAAUACUACUGCAUGGACUGAUCUUUCUGGUUUUAGCUCUUCUUCCACAGCUACUAGCAAUCCCCUAUAGGAUUUUGCUACCUGCUUGUGGUUUAAGAAGCUCGCCAAGAAGCUUUAAAUUGUGGUUUUGUUAGUGUGACUGCAAUCAAAGAAAAGUUAACCUUAUAGACAUAAUUCUGUCCAUCUAUCCAUAGAAUGAAACUUUAAGCCCCUCGUCCAAGUUCUAGAAAUUUGAGGAUAAACCAAGAACCUUGUCUCAAGAUCAAAUGAAAACCCUAGAAAUGGUAGUUUUUUUCUUUCUUUCUUUCUUUUUUUUGGGUUCUUCCCAAUUAGGUUUUCUUUUUUCGUUUUCUUUAUCUUUCUUAUUUAGCUUUAGGUUGCCAUGUAUGAUCAUGUUUACCAUAUGAGUGUAUGAGUUCAUGGAUUUUAAACCAAUCAGACAUAUUGAUCGAUCCAAAGCAUUGUGCUAUAUUAUUUGACUGAA